AGUUGCCCUUUAAGAGUUUGGAAUUAAACAAUGCGAUCAUCAUGCGUAUACCAUCCAAGUAUGUUACCUAUUAAGAGGUGUAGCAGGAAAAGGAACGCCGCUAACCCAGUGGCCAACUGAGAGGUGACAUCGAACGAUUACGCCCGCCGAGCCUCCAUUCCGUACCGGUAUCGGUAUCUGCGCUAACGCACACCGCGACCAGACCACGCGCGCGCCUAUACCACCCGGACUAUAGGUACGAUGCUUGCACCCAGGGGUGAGCGCUAUUGUCUUUCAAAACGAAACGCGAUGGACGCGCGCUGCAUCACAAUUAGUGUAGAGAGUUUUGGCGGCAUGUGAAUACAAAGUCGUCGUCGAUAACACAUCGGACAGACAAAUUACUGAAGGAAGGACUAUUGGCUGAUGAAGACGUCAGUCAGACAAUUGAAGUGUUUGUGUGCUUGUGAAGGACCCGGCUGUGAUAUCCGUACAUUUUGUGCCCAAGUGAGCUAGGAUCUGCGAUUAAAUGAAUCUGUAAACCUGUUGAUGUAACGGGCUUCACAAUGGACUCAACGAUACCACGCGUCAUACUCAGCAUAGUUCUGGCCGCCUUGCUGCCGAUGGCGUCUCCUCACCAAGGCCAAGCCAAGGAGAACAUCCCCCACUCCAGGCAGAAGAGGAUACUCUGGAUCACCAACGAUGGCCGGCUGGCGUUGCCUCCUGGAACGACCAUGACGAUAACGCCUUCUUUGUCGAUGCCGUUUGUAAGGCAUCCGCCGAAGGGGUUUUUAUCUAACGUCUCAAUUAAUUUUCCUUUUACAAGUACACUAAAGUACGAGGUGGAGUUUAAGAUUGAUUUCGACAAAUUGGGUCUCACGGACAAUGAGAACCCCUACGGAACCCUGCCGCCGAUCCUAGCCCGGUCCAUGGGGAGCGCUGCUGCCUCAAUGAUGGCGCAAUAUGUGGGGCAGUACUUGGAGAGGAGAAGGGGGAAAAGAGCAGCAGAAGUGCCCCCGGAGGUGGAGACGGCGAUAUUGGAUCGAUUGCAUGGAGGAGAGAGAGCCAUCAUGUACAGCAUCGCAGAGGAUAUGUUCACGAACUUCGGGAUGGAAGGCCGGGAGUGCCUCCUGCGAGCCAUCUGCGAGAUCCACGCGCACCCUCUCACCAAUUUCGGCUUCCUCGGGGAAGUCAUGAAGCUGUUCUUUACGCCUAGCAAAUCUCCGUAUGCAACUCUGCUGUCAGAGUAUGUAGAAGCCCAGAAAGCAGGUGAAAAGGGCGGCGAAUGUUGGCCAUAUUACCGGCUCUGCCCUCGAAGCAUCUUUCAACCCUCACCCAACAAAUACUCGAAAGACGCGGAGGAUCUACAUAGGCGGCAAGAACACGACAACUUAGACAACAAUAUUGAUAUAGACGGAAUACGAGCGAUGUAGUGAACGGGCGAAACCAGGAUCGGAUCUAG